CGCCCAGGGCGUGGGCGGAGACUCCUGCCCGCAGAGGAAGGGCCUGGGGGAGUUCUGCCACCUUGCCAACCCCUGCUCCCUGGGGACCGGUGAGCUCAGAGGCCCCGAGGCCCUCAGGUGACGCCUCUCUCCUUGCCCUAGCGGCACGGGAGCGGUGGCACCGCCAGACGGGUGGAGUGUGCCAGGAGCCCAGCACCUGUUCCUGUGGACAACGGCAGCCCUAGGGACUGGCCGGCCGGCCCAGCACCUCACAAAGACAGAAAUGCUGCUGUGUGCUGUGUGGGCUCUGCUGACCUUGACCCCCUGCCCAGGGUCCACAGAGAUGCAGUUUGAGGUUUCUAUCUGGCCAGAUCGGGCGCUGGUCAAUUUUGGACAGUCUCUAACGGUCAACUGCAGCACCACCUGUGCAAACCCAGGACCCAGUGGCAUCGAGACCUUAUUAAAGAAAACCCAGGUGGGCAGAGGGCCUCAGUGGAAGGAAUUUCUCCUGGAAGACAUCACAAAGAGUUCCAUUCUGCAGUGCUUCUUCUCUUGCUCAGGGAUUCAGAAAGACACAAGCCUUGACAUCAUCGUGUAUCGGCCGCCGGAGCAGGUGAUCCUGGAGCUGCAGCCCGCGUGGGUUGCUGUGAAUGCGGCCUUCACAGUGAGCUGCUCUGUGCCCAGAGUGGCGCCCCUGGAGAACCUCACCCUCACCCUCAUCCAGGGCAGCCAAGAACUGCGUAAAAAGGGCUUUCUGAGUGUGCCCGGAGCCUCCCGAGUUGGUGAAGUCACCGUCAACAUUAGCGCCCAAAGGGAGGAUGACGAGUGCAGUUUUUCCUGCCACGCGGAACUGGACUUGAGCACGUAUGGCGGUGAGCUCUACCACAGCAGCUCAGCCACCAAGAUACUCCGGAUCUUUGAAUUCUCUCAGACCCCUCAAAUCUGGGUCUCUCCACUUCUGGAGGUUGGGAUGGCAGCGGCUGUGAGCUGUGAGAUGGCUGAGGUGUUCCCAGCCAAAGACACGACGUUUCACAUGUUCCUGGGAGACCAGGAGCUGAGCCCCUUCUUCUCCUGGGAGGGAGACACGGCAUGGGCCAAUGCCACCGUCCGGGCCAUGGAGACUGGUGAUCAGGAGCUGUCUUGCCUUGUGUCUCUAGGUCCAAUGGAGCAGAAAUCCAGAAAGCCUGUCUAUGUCUACAGCUUCCCUCCGCCAGUCCUGGAGAUAGCAGAGCCAUACCCACUAGCAGGAACGGCGGUCAAUGUGACUUGCUCGGGGCAUGUGCUGACAUCACCCAGUCCUACUGUGCAGCUGCAGGGAGCUGCGGACCUGCCCGCACCACCUGAGGAGACGGCUUGGCUUCUCCUUACUGCCAGGGAGGAAGAUGAUGGCCGCAAUUUCUCCUGCGAGGCCUCUCUGGAGGUCCAGGGCCAGCAGCUGGUCAAAACCACUUCCGCCCAGCUCCAUGUCUUCUAUGAACCUCGGUUAGAGGAAUCUAGUUGCCCUGGUAAUCAGACAUGGGUAGCAGGGGCUGAAGAGAGGCUGGCAUGUGUUCCAAAGGGAAACCCGGCUCCAGCCUUAGUGUGUACCUGGAAUGGAGUGGCCUUCAACUUUGAGGCGCUGCAGACGGCUUCGCACAACCACACUGGAGCCUACCGCUGUACCGCCUCUAACCGGCUGGGCUCUGUCAGCAAAGACAUCACCAUCGUUGUGGAAGGACUGAAAGAAGGAAUCGGUUCCACCAUCUUUGUCAUUGUCAUUGUUGCUCUUGGAAUGGGUGUAGUCACCACAGCACUUUAUUUGAACUAUCGGCCCUGCAAAAUGAAGAGGAGGAGAUUGCCCUACUUACAGGAGGAGGAAGAAGGCCAGUGUGCUGUUCAAGAAGGAAGAAACUUACAGCUCACCUAACCGUUAGACAGAAGCAGGGAGACCUGCCUGCUGGGCUAGGGUCUUUAGGGAGGGGCAGGGGAGAGGAGGGAGUGGGGAGCACGGCCCUGGGUGUUCUGGAGCCUACACCGAGUGUUCGGCCCUGUCCCCUGCAUCCAGUCCUUUCACAAACAUCUCCUGAGCAGACUUGGGCCACUUAAGAUUUUACUCUCUUGCCUCUUGCUGUGUUUAAUCAGUCUUCUUGGGGCUGAAGGGAAAGAUCUUGUGUCACCAGCCCCUGCCCUGCUGCCCGCCUUGCAGAGCAGAAAGAGCAGAGCCGCUCUCCUGGGGGCCCUUGUCCCUCCCUCCCUUGCGAGCAGGGUCAGGGCUCUGAAGGGGUCGCCACUCACAGGGGACGGGGACUCUCCACUCUUCCUCUGCCUCCCUCCCCUGGGGUUCUGUACUCUCUGUCCCCACAGCUGAGUCUGAAGCUAACAAGGUGAGGGCAUCAGAGUCAUAAAGUCUGUGCUGGGUCAGGCAGACAGGAGGGAGAGCUUUUCAGUGAAACCGGCUCCAUCCGUCAAUGGCUCCAAACACGGCUGGGUUCUCUUCCACAACCCAUCACAGUAGACUCAUCCGAGAGCUUACAUUUGACAUACUGAUUUUUUUUUUUUGUUUACCUAAUUGUCUUUUAGAGUCCCAGUUUUUUCCUUUUCAUAAAAACGUGUGUACUGUCACGUCUGUAAACUAUGCCUUUAAGCUUUAGGACAAAUCCCUUUAUGACAAUGUUCACUACAUGACUAUGACUUUGCUUCCUUCUCUGUUCUUCAGAAAGAGGUGAAGAAUCAUCAACCAGACCUUUCCUCCUAAAUUAGCUAUGUACGGGUCACUGAAAUGUUGGCUAUGCAAAAAAAAAUAAUGAUUUUAUGCAUCCAAAGUGUGCGUGUGCAUGUGUCACUGUUGAAACAGCCCAUCGCCCUCAGAAUUAGCACAGCACUAGGGAAAGACCUGCAUGCCAGACACCCCAACUUUGUUCCCUGGCACCACCAGCAGGAGCCUAGUGGUGCCUUGGUAAAAAAAAUCAAGCGAUCGGGCUGGGUGGUGGUGCACCUGGCUGAGCGCACAUGUUACAGUGCACAAGGACCAGGUUGGAGCCCCCGGUCCCCACCUUUACUAAAGCUUUGUGAGUGGUGAA